AAGCUAAAUGGUGACUGCUGACCCGGUUUGAGAACACUGAUCUGUCGGUUACUAAGCUAACUUAUUAGCAUGUGGUUGAUAUUUAAUUUAAGCUUUUAAUGCUCCACUUUAGCAUUUGAUGUGUAUAUUUCUGUCAUUACCGAGCAUUUAUCUCCAGUGGCGGCCGUGAUGGAGAAUUAUUAGAAGAGUAAAUAUGCUGCUUUGGCUUCAUCAAGUUAGCCGGGUUAGCCAUCUAACGUUAGCGGUGCUAAAUUAGCUUUAGCUGCCAUUCAUGGCAGUAUCGGAAAAUACUAAAAUAAUUUGUUAAUAUUUGUACUGUUUCAUCUCCGUUUCACUGCACUCCUCCUGUAGCAGGAUGAUCUCUCAGAUCUUCAUCUUGUCCUCGAAGGGUGACCACCUCAUUUAUAAAGACUUCCGUGGAGAAUCAGGCGGCGACGCUGUUGGAGUUUUCUACGAGAAAGUCACGGCGCUGACCGGGGACCAGCCUCCGGUCGUCAUGAGUCACAAAGGUCUCCACUUCGUCCACGUCAGACAGGGCGGACUCUACUGGGUCGCCACGACGACGGCAGACUCGUCACCGUUCACCAUCAUUGAGUUCCUCAACAGGUUGUCUGCUCUGGUCAAAGAUUACUGCGGCAGCUUGUCGGAGAAGUCGGUUCAGAUGAACUUCGCUCUGAUCUACGAGCUGCUGGACGAAGCCGUGGACUACGGCUACAUACAGACGACCUCCUCUGACGUCCUGAAGAAUUUCAUCCAAACUGAAGCCGUUUCUUCCAGACCAUUCAGCCUGUUUGACCUCAGCAACGUCGGACUGUUUGGAGCAGAGACCCAGCAGAGUAAAGUGGCUCCGAGUUCUGCAGCCACCAGACCGAUCCAGUCCAGCCGAGAGCAGGGAGGGAAAAGUGAGAUAUUCGUGGACGUGAUCGAGAGGAUGUCCGUCGUCAUCGGAUCCAACGGAAUGUUGAUGAAGGCCGAUGUGGAGGGAGAGAUCAGAGUGAAAUGUUACCUGCCCAACUGCUCAGAGAUGAGAAUCGGUCUGAACGAGGAGUUCAGCAUCGGGAAGUCGCAGCUCCGAGGUUAUGGAGCUGCUGUUCGUGUGGAUGAGGUCAGCUUCCAUCAGAUGGUUCGACUGGACGAGUUCGACAGCCACCGGAUCCUGAGACUGUGUCCAAGCCAGGGGGAGCAAAUGGUGAUGCAGUAUCAGCUGAGCGACGACCUUCCUUCAGCUCCUCCGUUCAGAUUGUUUCCAACCAUCGAGAGAGACAGCGGAGGAAGGCUGCUCAUGUACCUGAAGCUUCGCUGUGAUCUGCCACCAAAGAGCGCCGCCAUCAACGUGGCCGCCACCAUCCCUGUCCCUAAAGGCUCGCUGAGUUUGUCUCAGGAGCUCAGCAGUCCGGACCAGAGCGCCGAGCUGAAGCCUCAGAGCCGAGCUGUGGUCUGGAAGAUCCCCCGGUUCACGGGAGGAAUGCAGCUCUCAGCCCUGUUCAAGCUGGAGGUUCCUGGUCUAAGUUCUGCCUCCCUGCUGGAGGUGGGUCCGGUGGGUUUGAGCUUUGAGCUGCCCAAGCUAACGGCCACCGGGCUGCAGAUCCGCUUCCUGCGUCUGUCUCCGGUCCAACCGGGUCCGUCUCAGCGCUGGGUCCGCAGCUUCAUAAACAUCACAGAUCUAAAUAUCUUCACUGAGAGAAGCUUCUCCUGAAACUAGAAGGUUUGAUGUUUUACUCACUGAUCCGUUUCCACUUCUCUGUUCUGAAGGUUGGUUUGUGGUUUUCAACGUUUAAAGAGAUAAAAGUGAAGUUAGAGUUCCCUUUUACUGCAACGUUUAGGAAACCUGAUGUUCCUCUGAGCUGCAGACCGACUGGAUGAUGGAUAGAUGGAUGGAUGGAUGGAUGAUGAUGAUGAUGAUGGAUGGAUGGAUGAUGAUGAUGAUGGAUGGAUGGAUGGUGGAUGGAUGGAUGGAUGGAUGAUGGAUGGAUGGUGGAUGGAUGGAUGGAUGAUGAUGAUGAUGAUGGAUGGAUGGAUGAUGGAUGGAUGGUGGAUGGAUGGAUGAUGAUGAUGAUGGAUGGAUGGAUGGAUGGAUGGAUGAAUGAAUGAAUGAAUGAAUGAAUGAAGAUAAACUGAUAAAUUCAGUUUAAAACAAACAGGGUAAACGGUGUUCUGUUGGGCUGUUUUCUGCGGUGGAUGAAUCCAGAUGUGGUUCAUCAGUGAGAGUUCCUGGUUGCAGGAUAGAAUCUCAUGAAAAGAUGAAAAAAAUGAGAUUUGAAUGAACCAAAGUUAACCUUUAAUUCUGUGAUUUUAAAGACAAACAGGUGAAGGAAUAAUGAUAAACACCUGGAAUAAUAAAAGUAUAUGUGUAAUAUAUAUGUUGGCAUGUUUGAUGUAAGGGCUAUGACAGUGAAUAGAUGAAUUAAUAAAUACAUUUGUUGAAAAGACACAUUUAUUAUUA